GCCCCAGCGGCGCCGCGCGCAGUUCCGGGUCAGGGCGGCCAUGGAGGCCGGGCAGGGCCCGGGGCCCGGCGGUGACGCGGCCCAGAGGGAAGUACCUAAGCCUUAUGUGCCGACAGAGGAGGAAAGAAGACUCCUCAAGGAAUGUGCUGAAGAAAGUGCCCGGUAUAGAGCUUUUCCUUUGGCUGCAGUAAGCAUGCUUGGUACUAGUUUCUUAAUUAGAAAAGGUGUUCUAAGAGAUAGCUCAAGAUUUGGCUCUUUUAUGAAAGUUGCAUUUGCUGGAAUGUGUGGAUACCUGGCUGGAAAGAUAUCCUACUUGCCAAUCUGUAGUGAGAAAUUUAAGAAACUGAAGGAUUCUCCGAUAGGAGAUGUUCUACGACAAGCUCAGAGACAUAGUUCACCUAACCGUUCCAGUCGGAAAUCUGAAUUUUCAGACUUACCUUCUCAGUCAUUUACUGAAUCUUCUUCUCCAAGACCUGGAUUUGCACCUUCUUCUAGCUAUUCAGAUGAUUAUAGCUCAACAGAUAGAGGCCUCUCAAGUUAUGAACCUAUUCCAUUCAGUGCUUCCCUGAAUGAAUCUUCACCUACAGGAAUUACUGAUUACACUGUUGAAGAACCUGCUCCAAUUCCAGAAGAAACUCGUAAGAAAAAAGGCAUCACAUACGAGGAAUUAAGGAAUAAACACAGAGAGACAUAUGACAUAAUGCUACCACCAAAGGGAGAAACUCCAAACAAGUUUUCACAGGAAAAACCAGCUAAGGAAGUUAAAGUAAAUAAAUACGGAGAUACCUGGGAUGAGUAAGAGUCAGAUGAAGAAAUGAAGAAAAUUACCUCCUGUCUGCUAACUUGAACUUCAUCUAGAUUAGUCACAAGUAUCACCACCUAUGGUGUGCUCUGCCAGGCACAGCUAUUAAUAAGUGAGGAGAAAAUCCUGACUUGCCAGAAGAUUUUAAAAAAGUAUUUAUGCUUAAUUUUUUUUUAAUUUUGCAUAAAUGGCAAACGAGGCUAUUGUGACAUGUCAUGACUACAAACCAUUUCUGCUGUUGUUUAAGAAUAAAAAGGGUAACUGAAUGUAUAUGAAUGUAUAGCAAAAGGUAAAAAUACAUGUAAAUAAAUGCAAUCACAUGUAUUGAGAAGGGAAGAAUAUCAGAGUCUUCUCAAAUUUUCAAGACUUGCAUUAAAAGUUACCUGUAGAACUCUCA